AUGUUGCUUAGCAUUGCAUACAGCAAAUUGCAGCAUACUCUACGAGAUUCUUGGCGGACCAUGUCGGCCCUUGAACAGGAAGAAAAAGCUAAAGCCGACAGCGACAAAGUCAAGCUAAUUGAAGAGUUUCGUGAGGGGAUUGAGCUCGAAAUUGAAGAUCUUUGCCACGAAGUGAUUGGCCUGGUAGAGAAGAAAAUUUCGCCAAGCGCCGCUACAGAUGAAACGCGCCUCUUCUGCUUGAAGAUGACAGGCGAUUAUCACCGGUACAUUGCCGAAUGCACUACCGACGACAAGCGCGCCGUUGAGACUGAACUGGCUGGCGCGGCGUACGACGAGGCUGUCAAGUUUGCUCAGGAUCGCUUUGAUGCAGGAAGCUCUCCUCGAUUGAGUGUCAUGGUCAACGCCGCAGUGUUUUACCAUGAUUUCAUGUACAUGCAGGAUUAUGCGGUUGAGCUGACGGAGAGCGAGCUGAAAAAGGCUGCAGAAGCAGUUGCCGAUUCUGCUGGUGAAGAUACCAGGGCGAUCGCGGGGAUUUUGCAGGCGAACUUGCAGCUUUGGAAGGUCGACGAGGAUGUCUGA